AUGGCGCAUGCCAGACGCUUCUUCUCCUUGAUCUCCUCCUCCUCGAGACCUCAAACCUUCGCCUCCCUGCCGGCUCAGUCCACUUUCCGUGCAGCUCGGUAUCUUUCAACAAGCGAAGAAGCCCCGGAGCCACGAUUCCUUGACAUGGUUCAGAUCAACUUCAACAAAGCCGCGAAGUACACCAGCAUGCACGAAAGCAUGCUCAAGCAAAUCCUUGCUUGCAGCUCGGUGUUGAGGGUCUCGUUCCCCAUCAGGAGGGAUAAUGGUGAAAUCGACGUGAUCCGCGGUUACCGUGCUCAACACAGUCACCACCGCACUCCAUGCAAGGGUGGUAUCCGAUAUGCUCACAACGUUGACUUGCAAGAGGUUGAAGCCUUGGCAUCUCUUAUGACGUUCAAGUGCGCAGUCGUGAAUGUUCCCUUCGGAGGUGCAAAGGGUGGAAUAUCUAUCGAUCCCAAGAAAUACUCUGUCAUCGAACUUGAAAAAAUUACCAGACGCUAUGCCGUCGAGUUGAAGAAGUAUGGCUUCCUCGGACCGGGAGUGGAUGUGCCUGCACCAGACGUUGGAACGGGAGCUCGGGAGAUGUCUUGGAUCUGUGACACCUUCUCCGUACUAUAUGGCAUGGAAGAUGUGAACGCUUACGCCUGUGUCACUGGCAAACCAAUCACCCUGGGAGGUGUCGAUGGUCGUACAGAAGCGACGGGUCUGGGAGUCUGCUAUGCGACGAAAUAUUUCCUGAGCCUCACCGAUGAGUGCAAGAGGGUUGGGGUCACCCCAGAGCUCGACGGCAAGACAGUGAUCGUGCAAGGUUUUGGCAAUGUUGGGUACCAUGCUGCAUAUUUCUUCGAGAAAUUUGGAGCUAAGGUCAUCGGUGUUGUUGAAUACAACGGAGCUGUAUACAACCCUAAAGGACUUGACAUUGAGGCGCUGAAAGCUCACAUGUCGACGACCGGGUCCCUCCUAGGUUUCAGCGGAGCCACCAAAGAAUACCCCAAGGAAAAGGCCUUUGAGCUGAUGGAAGAAGAAUGCGACCUGCUCGUUCCCGCUGCUCUGGAGAAAGCUAUCAACAGGUCCAACGCUGAUAAGAUCAAGGCCAAGAUCGUCGUGGAGGGAGCAAAUGGCCCUACCACCCCGUAUGCUGAAGAGCUACUCAACAAGAAGGGCAUCAUCGUUCUCCCCGACAUGCUCAUGAAUGCUGGCGGAGUGUCGGUGUCCUACUUCGAAUGGUUGAAGAAUCUCUCGCACGUGGGGUUCGGACGCAUCACACGGAGAUGGGAAGAGAAGGGAAAGCAAGGGUUUCUGCAGGAGCUGAAAAAGGCAGGAGUUUUGAUCGAUGACUCUGGUCUCUCGCACGAGACCAAGUCUGGAGCUAGCGAGAAGGACCUCGUCUACUCCGGCUUGGAGGACACGAUGUGCAAGGGCAUGCAAGAGACUGUGGAAACGGCGAGAAAGCUGGGAGUUUCUUAUCGCAUUGCCGCCUUCGUCAACGCCCUGAACAAGAUGGAAGGGACGUACAGGGAUGCGGGCUUCACCAUCUGA